AUGAUUGUUGAAGAUGAACGACAUACAUAUGGAGGUAAUUUUGAUUACUCUUAUGAUAAUAUGGAUAACAAGAACUCAACAACUGAAACAUUUAGCGGUCCUCAUUCGAAUCUUGCAACAAGACUACAAAGAAGAGCAAAUAUUUGUGAAAAACAAGUUCAUCUUCAAAUUCAAGGAGAUCUAGUCGACUUCUCAGUGAAGCAGAAAUCGUCUCAGAGAAGCGAAAAUCGCCGUUUCAGCGUUUAUCAAUCGUUUCAGUUGCAAGGAAUCGCUUCUCAAAAUCGCUUCAAGUUGCAAUCGCUUCUCAAAAUCAUUUCAGCUGGUUUGGCAAUUGGUGGUGGAUUAACAGACCCUGUAACACAAGUUGUUACUCAUGUUGCUAAUGCUUAUUACGUUGGAUUAAUCAAUGAGAAGCAAAAGAAUGAGUUGGAAAAAGCACAAUUUGAAGUUUUUAGAUUGGUUGAAAGAGGGAAUUGGAGUGAGGCAACUGAUGCUAGAAACAAUGCAUUGAGUUUAUUGUGUAGCAUGACUGGGUUGGCUACUUUGUUUGAUUAUUCAAGGAAAAUUCCUUAUGAAGAUGAUUUGGUUGAAAAGUUGUUGAACAUUGCUGAAGUGAAGAAGGCUUUAGGAGUGAAUGUCGAUGAAUCGUUUGUUUACGAGAUAUGCAGUGAUGCUGUUGGUGAUUUAUUGCAUGAUGAUGUGAUGAAAAGUGUUAAGUUUAUGGUGGAGAAGUUAUUGAAAGAGAGUACUAAAGUGUUGUUGUAUCAAGGACAACGUGAUUUGCAAGAUGGUGUGGUUCAAGUUGAGGCUUGGGUGAAGACAAUGAAAUGGGAAGGGAUUGUUGAGUAUUUGAAUGCUGAGAGAGAGAUUUGGAAGGUGAAAGGAGAUUUAGCUGGUUAUGUGCAGAAAUGGAUGACUCUUACUAAUGUUGUGGUUUGGGGGGCUAGACAUCUUUUGCCUACUGAUCAACCUUUGAACUCUCAAGCUAUGAUUGAAGAUUGGGUUUUGGAAAAGGGUUUAUUUGGAAGUGUCUUGUAUCCAAAUGUGUCCACGAAUUCUGUACAUGAUGAUGUCUAA